GUCAAUAGCGUGUGUUUCACACGGACUUGUUUUGGAAAGGCACCAAAAAAAAGCCCGGGCUAGCAGCGCAUGGCGGACAUGGCAGCGGACAUGGCGGACAAGACGAGGACGCAAGGAGCUAACAUGGACUCCUGAGUCCUGAGCGCGAGCGGUUGUCUUCUCUAAUGUGGAGAAGAUUGCUGCUCAGGGCGACCACCUGUCCAUCUCAGGUGGGACCCCCAAGCUCUGCCUCCCGGAGAGAUCCGUCCUCCCUCUUUGUGGGCCUCCUGACUCACAGACAUGCCCGGGCGUGGCGUGGCCCCGUCAGGGCGUACAAAAAAGAUGCCAAAUCCACGGUGGACUUCCCCGUCAGUGCCAUCACCGUCACCGACAUCAAGCAGUACCUGCGCUCCAAAGAAGUUCCCUUCCACGACGGCUUCAGCUGCCUCCACGCGCCCACCAUCUUCACGGACACGGCCCCCAGGGGGGAGCGCUUCUCCUUGUUCGUGGACAAGACCACCGGGCAGUUCCUGUGCAUGGACACUCAGGUGGAGGGCAGCUGGGAGGACCUCCAGGACUGCCUGGAGGUCAUGCAGAAGGAGGAGCAGGACUUCAUCAGCCCGCAUGUGCUGCUGGGAUACGCGGAGAGCGCCGAGGAGCAGGAUCAGCACGAGCGGGAGCUGAGGGAGGUCCAGGGCAUCUGGUCCAGCUCGGUGGCGUUCUCCGACCUGACCGAAGACGAGGCCCAGCUGGUCAAAGCCAUGUUUCAGAUCACAAAGAUCUCCAACGCCACGCUGAAGAAGUUCGGCGUGAGGCUCUUUAAGCCCACCAAGAGUCUGGUCUUCCCCUGGUUUGGUGGACCCGACUCCUCCUUGAAGGGCGUGAAGCUGCUCUCCGCUCAAAGCGCGGGCGACGACAAAGUGAGCUACAACGAGGCCACGGUUCCAAAGUGGAGCUCCUACAACAACCUGUUCGGCCUCCCGCUGGUGGGCCGCAUGGACUCCGACGUGGUCCUGACCGGAGGCGAACUGGACACGCUGGCGGUGAGCCAAGCCACGGGCCUGGCCAGCGUGGCUCUCCCGCGCGGCGCCAGCUGCCUGCCGCCCGCCCUGCUGCCGUACCUGGAGCAGUUCAAGCGCGUGACGCUGUGGCUGGGCGGCGACAUGCGCUCCUGGGAGGCCUCCAAGAUCUUCUCGCGCAAGCUGGGCCUGAGGCGCUGCUCGCUGGUGCGGCCGGGCGAGUACCGCCCCUGCCCCGGCGAGGCGCUGGCCCAGGGCAAGAACCUGAGCCGCAUCAUCAAGGCCUCCAUCCCGGCGGCGCACAAGUCCAUCGUGUCCUUCAAGCAGCUGCGAGACGACGUGUACGGCGAGCUGGUCAACACGGAGCAGGUGGCCGGCGUCAAGUGGGCCCGCUUUCCCGACCUCAACAGGAUCCUGAAGGGUCACCGCAAGGGGGAGCUGACCGUGUUCACAGGUCCGACGGGUAGCGGGAAGACCACCUUCAUCAGCGAGCUGGCUCUGGACCUGUGCAUGCAGGGCGUCAACACGCUGUGGGGCAGCUUCGAGAUCAACAACGUGCGCCUGGCCAAGAUCAUGCUGACCCAGUUCGCCCUGCAGCGGCUGGAGGAGAACCUGGAGCAGUACGACUUCUGGGCGGACAAGUUCGAGGAGCUGCCGCUCUACUUCAUGACCUUCCACGGCCAGCAGAACAUCAAGUCCGUGCUGGACACCAUGCAGCACGCCGUCUACCUCUACGAUAUCAACCACGUGGUCAUCGACAACCUGCAGUUCAUGAUGGGACAGGAGAACCUCUCCAUUGACAAGUUCGCCGUGCAGGACCACAUCAUCGCCGCCUUCAGGAAGUUUGCCACCAACUCCAGCUGCCACGUCACGCUCAUCAUCCACCCCAGGAAGGAGGAGGACGACCGCGAGCUGCAGACUGCAUCCAUAUUUGGCUCGGCAAAGGCCAGCCAAGAGGCGGACAACGUGCUCAUCCUGCAGGAGAAGAAGCUGGUCACCUGUCCCGGCCGCCGCUCCCUGCAGGUGACCAAGAACCGCUUUGACGGCGACGUGGGCAUCUUCCCCCUGGACUUCCUCAAGUCCUCGCUCACCUUCUCGGCACCCAUCAAGGGCAAACACAAGCUGAGGAAGGUGGCCGCCAAGCCAGAGGAGGGCGAGGGCGAGGACGAGCAAGGCGGCGAGGCGUCCCCGAAGAAGGAGGUCGUCAAACGGGAGAAGUCUGCCAAAAAGUCAUCACAACCUGCCAAGAACCCCCCAACAGAGAAGAAAGGUAAUUAAAGUUGAUGGGCAAGUUCUCCGUGAUCAUUUCAACAUUUACUACUGACUCCAUAAUCCUUUAUGUGAUCCCUCAAACAUUUUCUACACUUUUUAAUAAACACUUUGGUAUGGAGGUUGUGGUCAUUGCUGGCCAGCAGGGGGCAGUGUGUGCCACUGACCUCAACCUUAUCUUACCAAGCACUGAAAAAUCAUUGCGUGGAUAUUUAUAUCUUUUUUUUCAAUUUAUAAAAAGGUUAAAAUUAAAUAUGUAUGUAAAGACAACAAAGUUAACUAUUUUUUCUCUUUACAUUUCAUUUUUUGCUUAAUUUUUGCAGUUUAGUUUGUUUCAUUUAAUUUCUACAAUGUGCCACGGGCACCGCUAGUUGGUGUGGUGAAUGUCCCAGUGAACCCAGUCCGGGGUGUCCAAACUGUGGCCCACCGACGUCCUCAAAGUGGCCCGCGAGUUUAAUAAGGAAUCUUACCCGCAGGGAGAUUGCAUUCAUUUUACAAGUCUAACCUUUUUGAUGUUGCGUUUUUUUCGCCAUCUAGUGGACAAAAUGUGUUUUUCCUUUCCUGCAUUUAUUCAUGUGACCCAAUGCAAACAACCUUCCCUAGUCAUGGUAUAAAAAAAAAUAAAAAUACAACCAACACAAAAUGUCAACAGACAUGGUCACUGAACUUUGUGGAUAUUAUUUUUUUUAAAACAUCCAUUCACCAUAACAAACUCCAAAAUUAUUACAAAGCAUGAUGGGAAAAAUGCAAAACACUGUCCACACUUAUUCAUGUUUGGCGCAUUUUCACUGCUUGCUGUUUCUGGUAGAUUAAAAAACAAGAUAAAUACACUGAUUACAUACUUCAUAAAAAUACUGUAGUUGUUUGUACUACAUUUUAUUGUAUUGUCGUGCAAACAAUAUUUUGUUACCUAAAAGCUUGUCACAUGUUGAAAUGGUGAUCUUUUUGAGGGGGCUGAACAUCCAUUAAAUUAAAAAAUCAAACAAAAAACAAACUGCAUCACACAACCAAUAAAACUGGUAUCCCCCAAGUCCUGCUGUACCUACAGACGUAAUCUUUACAUUGUGUUUUUGUUUUGUGUUUGUGUAACGUUAGUCCCGCAAAUACACCGCACAUAUUACCACAAACAUCCAUGAACUAAAUUAGUCAUGAACAAGUUUCUUUACUAAACUGUCAAUAAAAAUUUGAGUGCAAAUGAAACCACUUUAGUCGUAAUUUUUGCGCUUCAGAAUUUUUUUUAGGACUCCUUCUGUUUAAUAUUGUCAUUACUGCCACAAGUGGUGGGAAUGUGUACUACCACUGCGGCCCAUACCAA